UAUAUUUACAUAAACAAAAUCCCACCAUACUGGCAACACUGCUAUCAGAUUUCAAAAGCAAAAAUUCAGCGGGCCCGUCGGCUGUCGCAGGACCGUUCGUGUGAUCGAAUAAAUAAAAUUCGGGAAGAAUUAUGAGUACGUCAAUUUCCGAACAGCAGCUGGUCAAACUGUGUUUCGUUCUGCGGGACGGCAAACAGGUCGAGGAUGCCUCCGAGGACAUGCAAAUGGCUUAUUCCUCGGCACGGGAUCACAGCGUGGAAGAUCUGAUCAGUUGGUUGGACGAGAGCGAAUGUUUGCGGCUGCGGGCCGAUCAACUCACCAAGAAGCACGUCUUCGUGUUCGAGCAGUUUUCCGGAGAGGCGUACGAGAACAUCCGGCAGUCGAGUGCCGUUCUGAUUGGACCCCGAUGUUUGAUCAGUUGCUUUCUGGACAACGAGGCGAUUCCGCUGGGGAAGUACCCGGUUUUGACGACGGCGAUGAGGAAUCUAACGGUGUGCAGUUCCGGCUUGAAACCGGACGAGAAGAGCGAAAUCAGCCGGAUGGUUCAGCACAUGGGUGGGUAUUAUCUGGACAUUUUGAAUGCGGCUUGUACCCAUUUGGUGGCCGCGACGGUCAAGUCGAUCAAGUACGAAAAAGCUGCUGAGAUUAAGUUGAAGAUCAUGCACCCGGACUGGGUGAAGGACGUUUGGGAGCAGAGCCAACAGAAGAUGAUCAAUGCGACGGAUUCGGCCUUCGCGAGGCACGCGCUUCCGGUGUUCUAUUCGCUGACCAUCACGUCUACUGGGCUGUCCACCCAGAAGAGGAAUCAGAUCAAACAGUUGAUUGAGGAUAACGGCGGAAGGUAUAUCGGAGCAUUCAAAUCGGAAAUAACCGAUAUUUUGAUCCUGGAGAAAAACAGCGUCGGAUCGGCCAAAUUUCAAGGAGCCAUUCGGUGCAAGAAGGAAUGUCUCUCGCCGGCGUGGAUUGUGGACAGCGUUGAGGCCGGGUACGCCUUACCUGUGGGAAAGUACGAGAUCCGAGGUAUAAAAUCGUCCACUCCGACCAAGGACGAUGUCGGACAGUUGACGGUCGGAGAAUUCAACCCUGACUGUACGCAGCUGUCCAUGAUCUCGCACAUGAACAGUCGGAACUUGACCAUCAACGAAAGUAUGAGCUCGACGGUUUCGCAAAUAGGCGCAAAAGGAGCAGGAAGAGGUUCUACUGCGGAAAUACCGGCGGUUCCUGUGAAGCCUAGCAAUGCAGAUCAGAAGAAGAAGUAUCGGGAGAUUUUAACGCAGAUCAGUCUGGCUCAGGCCAAAAAGGCGGGACCUUUCUUGGAUGGUUGCAAGAUUUAUCUGAGCGGUUUCGCAUCUGACGACAAGGAAAAGCUUAACAAAAUUCUCAACAGCGGUGGCGCAACUCGAUUCGACGAGCUCAGUGACCGAAUCAGUCAUAUCAUCGUCGGCGAACAUGUUCAGGCCGACUUCCGGGAGAUACGUGAACAGAAGUUGACUCCACACAUCAUGACCCUGCAGUGGUUGGUUCGUUCGAUUGAACUAAAAGCACCGGCGCCGGAAGAGGACGAUUUAACGUUCCGUCCGAACUUGAAGGACAUCACCGAAGAGGAUGUCCCCGAACCACCAUCGCCUGCGAGCAAAAAGAACCUGCAAUCCAUGAACAGCACAUUCAAACGGCCGGAGCUGCCUCGAAAAUUAGUUCUGGAUGAUCCUAAACCGGGUCCCAGUCGGAUCUCGCGGACGGAGGACGACGUCCUGAAACAAUAUAUGCAGAAGAACGCGUCUGUUCAGUUGCCGCCGGUAGAACCAAAAAAAUCCACCGCUUCAAAUGCAACUUCGGUCCCUCCGCCUAGUGGAUCCACCACCCAGGACUCGGAGAUGGAGUCCCAAUUCACGGAAUUUAUGUUUGGUAAAACGUUGUUCAUCUACGGGUUUUCGGAAGAGGACGCCACCCAAAUUGUUUCCGACUGCGAAAACUGCGGAGGCACGAUCGUCGAUGAGAAUUACACCGACGUGGUGGAUUACAUUGUGAUUCCAACGUGCAGCGUGGGGGAAAUCACGUUCAGCGUCAAGGGCCGGGAAACGGUCAACUGCAUUUGGCUGGAAACCUCGAUCCAGGAUGGAAUGUGCUAUCCGCUAGAGUACUACUUCGAACCGAUACUGUACGGCGAGAACGAUCCGAAGCCGCUGGAAGAUGAGGUGCUGGUGAUCAGCACGUACUCCGGGGCGGAGCGGAACUACCUGAUAGCGUUGGGUGGGACUCUGGGGGCCAAGGUCGAAGAUCGGUUGGUGAGGAAAACGGCGCCGAUUGUGAUCUGUAAGGAAGC